AUGUGUGGAGAUGAAGAGGAGCCCAAAUACGCAGACCCUGAUGACGACGAAAUGUGUGGAACUGAAGAGGAGCUCGAAUACACAGACUCUAAUGACGAACAUACAUGUGCUUGGAAAGAAUCUUCCCUGCCAGACUUUGGUGACCCGGAGAUUUGUCUUGUUCACUUCGGGCAUCUGGAUACCCUUCAAAACAGAUCGUCCGAUUUCAUACCUAAACCGGACCGUGAAAUAAAAAGCUGGGAAAGCCAAUUCUGGGCUGCGGAUGAUCAUCUUGGGGAGGAUGAUGUAGCAAGCUCUGCUCCAGAAGACAAUGGUGAAUUCUCGACAGGAGAGCGUGCUGAUGGAGCAUUCAUCGAGUAG